AUGUCAGGUAACGCUUUACUGGCAGGUUCAGCUGGAAUUCGGUCACCAAUUAUAGUGAAUUGGGCUACCGUGUCUUCCUCGGGUAAUACUACAAUACUUGCUAUGGUUAUACGACUAUCUUGGUACUCUUCCGAAGGAGAUCUUGCUCAUUUGGUGCAACCCUAUGUCAGCGAGUACAGUCAUGUUUCUCAUCAACAGGCAUGCGAUGCUGUUAUGGGUGCUGCUACGACUCGGAAGAGCCAUCAGCGGAAACAUAUCCGAUGCUACAACGUCUAUGGUCUGGCCACGGGCUUGAGUGAUGGUUCUCUGGAGACGACAUUGAGCAUACUAGUCGGUUGUGGAGUCACUCUCCAGCACAAUACUGCUGCUCUUAUUGGACGGAUAUAUAGUCGCUAUAACGAUAGUGACGACAUGGCAUCAUGUGCUCGAGUCACGGAGGGAUUAUACACUUCCUGUGAACUAUCUGUACAGCGACGUCAGUACUCUAGCUCGUCUACUCAAACGAUCAUCAUUGACCAAUGCAUCCAAAAGGCAUCGUAUGCGGCGAAGCUCUGGUUAACCAACCUCGGGCCUUUUGUGGGAUUGGCUCCUAACUUGGUGGUAAACCACCUGGUCCUCAACCUCAAAUCGUACUCGCACCGCGAUAAUGGCUUAAAUACGUCCCGUGACUAUCCGCACUCCGAGCUCCAGUUUGCUCGCAACCGUGUUCUUGGAAACAUUGGAGGUCCACUCGUCUUCGAUCAAGACAUAAAUUCCCUCAUUGAGAACGACAUCACAGCCACUGAAUGUGACGCUGGAAUUCCACUUCACAAUAUGGACAUUGACACUUCAGUUGAACAAAGACAUGAAUGUCACGAGGAAAUUGCUGAAGUCAUUCGGACUGCACAAAUGGAGAAUUCAGGAGCAUCGCAUCUGUUUAGGCUUCAGCCCCGUUGCCUUGCCGAAUUACGACACGCUGAGAUCUCUUCAGAGCUCCUUUAUGUCGACUUCAAACGAAUACCUGAUAACUACUAG